AUGACUGGUUCACUUCAAAAAAAGUUAAAUACACACUGGGCGAGGUCUGUUCCUGAUAAACGACUUGCAAUUCAGUUACUUCGAGUCACUCCAUUUAUUUUUACGGCAAGUCGAUCAACUAUGGGUAGCCUUCUUUGCUGUGACGUAGAGGAGCCUUUCGCUGUACUGUCUACAUCUAAUCAAUAUCCUAGGAUCUAUGAUGGUAACUUAUGGAUUAGCGCGAAAUUCAUGUCCUAUGUACGCGACCCUUUACCCAAGUGCAGUCGCCGUAUACGCGUUAUCGAAACAUGCUUUUGGUUAAUUAGAAUUUUGAGCUAUUCUGUUCAGUACCUUGAAGAGAAGAAGGAGCACUUUGCUUUUAUUGAAUCUUUUUCAAUUAUCCAGGAAUUUCAUACCAAUGCAACAGUUUUCUCUCAGAUGAUUGGAGUGACUGAAGCUAUCGGCGACACGAAUAAAAACCCUAUUCUUCCACGUUUACCAGUGCGGAAAAAAGCCAUAUCCAAAAAGAAACGUGUUGGUGUUAAUAAAAAUAAAUGUGACUUUCUCGGACCAUGCUCUAAUAUACCUCCGACAGAAGAUCCUCCCCAACAAUACCCUCCUUUAAGAACGUCGUUUAUUGUUGAUAGCUUGCCUGGUGUUUUCGCUGUUGACAAACCAACAAAUUAUGUGGUCACAAAUUCCUCAACAGUUAUUGAAAAUAAAGAAAAUAUCCCAAUCACAGAAGCUUCUAUGAUGCAUUCAACCUCACCCUUUUCAAAAGACUCAUCACUUUUCAAGGAUCUCUUCGACAGCAACGACGAUUACUCUAUUGAACUUACAAAUCUCUCCAAUAAUUUUAUGACUAGUGAAAUAUUAACGCCUUCUGCUAAGUUAUCUCCAAACAAUAAUACAAAUAUAAUCACUUCCGCAGUAGCACAUUCUCAGGCGUCAGUUUCCGAGUCUCAAGACAAUAAAUCAUAUUCACCCAGUACUCAGUAUUUUUCUGUUCAGAAUGCAAGCGACUUCUCAAAUCUGAAAACUUCGAUUUCUUCAGUUACGGAAAUUAACUCAGAUGGACAGAUAACCGACCCACUGCUUGAAUCAACCUGUGGGUUGUGCAAUAAAACUGAUUUAAAAAAUCACUCCAUUGUUUCUAAUACUGACGAACAAAAUAUGAAUGGUCAAAGUGUUGAUGUAACCAUAGACGCAACAUCGCCAACCCUUCAUAAGGAUCCAUCUAUUGUUAAUUGUGUACGGGACUCAGUUGUUCAGUUCGUUCAAGGAAUAAAGAGGAAAUUUUCGCCGAAGGGGACUUGGGUUAAACCACUAAUGGGUCGUAUUCUGAAGCCGAUUUCUGGGAAUGAACUACAGUCUGAUGCCAAGCGUCCACGAAAAUUCGUUUCAACUCAUUCUCCCACUGCUUUGACAUCUGCCAUUACUGUUUCAUCCCCUAUUAUAUCGAGUAUAUCGUUGACAGAUACUAGUAGUUCACUUGGAAAUCCGAGAUUUUCUUCAUACACACUUAAUAGAUCAAAAUCGUAUUCUUGUAAUCCUGUAAAUACUCCCAGUUCCCUGCCGAUAGUUCGUAUGAGAGAACGACAGCGUAAUCCACUGCAUGAAGUAGUUUCCUCCAGUAAUAGUAGCAUUUUAAAAUCAACCUAUUCCACUGAAUCUCCGUCAUGCUCUGUAACUAAUAGUAUAAACAAACAAAAACCACUGAGUAACUGUGAACAAAGAAUUCUUAAAAGCUAUAUUGAUUCAAUUAAUGAAAUUCGCCGAAUUCCAGUGAACGAAGACAAUUUUUCAGAAUUAAGGAAAUGUUUUAACUUGUAA